GAAACGGCAACAAUAAUUUUAUAAGUACGAUCUGAUCUGUGUUUGUGUUGGGUAAUGCCACGUAAUCUUGCGAUUUUAAUUUGCGAAAAUCCUCUCAAAAGUUUGAAAAUAUAAUUGUAUAACAAAAAAAUUAAACGUUUUCAAGCCCAUCAUGGGCAGUGGUGAAAGUACAUUAGUGCCCGGUGGGGGAACAGAGGGUUAUCAUGUGUUACGUGUUCAGGAUAAUUCACCUGGCUCUAAAGCUGGUUUAGAAGCAUUCUUUGAUUUUAUUGUUGCUGUGGGAAAUACUCGUUUGAAUCAAGACAACGAUACUUUGAAAGAGAUUUUAAAAGCCAAUAUUGAGCGGCCUUUGCACAUGACUGUUUAUAGUACUAAAACACAGACUGUUAGAGAUAUAGAAAUAACACCCUCUAAUACAUGGGGUGGUCAAGGUCUCCUUGGAGUCAGCAUUAGAUUCUGCUCUUUUGAAGGUGUGAAUGAGAAUGUGUGGCAUGUUUUGGAAAUCCAACCACAUUCACCUGCAGAUCUGGCAGGACUUCAUCCAUUUGACGAUUACAUUAUUGGGGCAGACUCAGUACUUCAUGAGUCUGAAGAUUUAUUUAGCCUAAUUGAAGCCCAUGAAGGCAAAGCAUUGACUCUUUAUGUUUAUAAUUCAGUAUCAGAUGUGUGUCGUGAAGUUGUUAUCACACCUAAUAAAAACUGGGGAGGAGAAGGAAGUUUAGGGUGUGGAAUAGGUUAUGGGUAUCUUCACCGCAUACCUACUCGACCUAUGAAAAUAGCUGUGUCAAAAACUCCUUAUGCUCAGCUACCUCAAAAAAAUCCUCAAGUAGAUGGAUAUUCUUCUGUGCAAUUAAAUGCUGCUAGCCCUCCUGCUCCACCCCAGACUUUCACAUCUGUGCCUGAGUUAAAUGGAAAUCAAAGCUCUGUGCCUGGAAUAACAAGCCAACAACCUGUUUCUAAUUUGCCAUUUGCUCCUCCUUUGGAACCUGUUGUUGUUGCUCCAGCAGCUAAAUUGGAUAAUAUCGAUGCUACAUUGAAUAACACUGCUCCAAACGUGCAGCCUUUGACUACAACUCUGAGUUUGCCUGGAAUGCCUGUGAUAACUGUAAGUGCAACUCUCCCAACAGAUACACUCGCUAAUCUAACAAGUGCAUCUCCAGCGACUGUCACUGCAGCUGGCCCUGCCCAUUCAGAAAACAGCAAUCCUAGUUCUUACACUGGUCAAGCCAUGCCAGCACCGCAACAUUUAUAGAUUAAAACUUUAUAAUCACUUGUUUGAGAGAGAUAACUGUAAAGGAUUUUGUGAAAUCAUUGAAGGAGUAUAUGCACUUUAUCCACCAAAUAUGUGCAUUAAUCAAUCACUGUGUGGUUCACGUUUUCGUGCAAUUAGAAAGCAUUUAAUCACCUGUCUACUUUUAAAAGAAAAGCAUCGAUGUGUGAACAGUUCAAUUUUUGAAAUGAUUACUAUGAAUAAUUUCAUCAUCUAUAAUACUGAAAUUUACUGUGCAGUUCAAGAACUUUUGGAAGGUGGAAAAAGAUGCAAACUUAUUUAUGUAUGUAUUUGAUACAAAGUCGGCUUUUAUAUUAAUUAUAGCAAUAUGCAGACAUGGUUUGGAAUUCUUCUAAUUUUAAUUUUUGCUUCUAUCAUCAAAGAUCUGAAAAACUUUGUACUUUUUGUUGAUUUUUCUUUUCACUUUUAAAUAGAAUUGCUGAAGAUGGAAUUUCUUAUUUUGAACUUAAUCUAGGAUAUAUAUUUCUGAGUAAGUUCCAUUAUUGUGCUUUAAAGCUCUUAAUAGGUUUUUUUGCUCUUUUGAGUAAUACUGCAUUCAUGCAUUUCUAUGGUCCUGCAAAAUAACUAUUGCAUCUUGAAAUCUCAAAUGAUUUCCCAUUUCAGACUUUUUUUUAAAGCAGUGUAUAAAAUUAAAUGCCAUUCAGUAUUUAAGAGCUUAAGUUCAAUCGUAUUCUGUAAUGUUGAUUCAGUUUUUCUCUUUUCUGUUACAAAAAUGUUAUACAUGGUUCCUUUUUAUUGGAACCAAAAUUGCUAUUAUUGAACUGUGAAGAAUUAAUAUAUACUUUCAGUUAGAAAAGUGCUCUGAAUGCAUACUUUUGAUCAUUUGAUUGUAUUAAAAAUGACAAGGUCUAAAUUUUUCUGCGGCUCUCCUCAUGUAAACAAAGUUAAUUUUUGUUGAGAUGUCCCUUUUAUAAGGACAUCAAAAUUUCAUUAUUCACUUUAAAAAAAUAAAAGUCACUUUUAGACAUAGAAGAAUUGAACUUCAUUUCUUUAGAAUGUUAAUGCAUUAGGAUUGUUUUACUAAAUAUAAUUGGGACAUUAUAUAAAAAUGUAAUUAAAUUCUUUUGCUGACUUAAACAACUAAAAUAUUCUUCAUUUAAAGCAUUUUUGCAUCCAAUGCUAUAUUUAUCCAUAAUUACAAUCCCUAAUGGUUUAGAAAUUCAGCUGGUGGAUAACAAUUUAAAUGAAAACUCAAUAUUUAUAAAAGAAAUCAUUGCAUCUGAAUCUCUCAGAUCCUUUUUCAUUUUUUUGCUUAAAAAGCUAUAAAAUAGUUAUUUGGUUAUUUAAAUGAAAUGAUAAGCUUCUGGUUUAUUUCAGACUUCCUCUGAACACAUCAUCAUAAUUCUGAAAGAAAAAGAACAACAUAUUUAUAAAUCUUGGGUUUGUGUGUUUGUUCAUUUGUGGUAAUUUUAACAAUGUUCAUUACUAAGAUAAUUAUUAAUAUAUUCUGUAUUAUUUGAGAUGUAAUUUUUUAUGUAAUUUCUGUUCCUUAUUAAAGUGAUUUGUCAUAAAAACUAUAUGUAGAAAUGGUAAAUUUGAAGUAAUGUUUAGUUUUCUAUAAAAAUGAAUGUUUCAAAGCACUAUAAUUGUUGUUUAGUAUAAAUGAGAAUUGUAUUGCUUGAACUGUUUUCUGAAUGUGAGAUUUGUUUUUAAAUAUAAAAGAAUAACUGAAAAAUUCAUUUGAAUUGUAUGUUCUGUUCAAUUGAAAAACUUUUUUUUGUGGGGAGGGGAGAACCGAAUUAGAUAGAAUAAAUUAGUUUUUAUACUUUUUAAAUUACACUAAUUGCUUCUUUAUUAGGUAUGUAGAAAAACUGACUCUAUUAAGUGAUAUUUGGAUCUAUUUUAGAUCUAUUUUUGAAACCAAUUAGCAUCAGAACUGUUGAUUUUAUUGCUUUAGUCAUCAGGCAUUAAAUGUUGUACACCACAAUAUCGAUUUUUCAGAUUGUUCACUGAGGUGGAAAAUGUAUUCAUAUAUAUUUUUUAUGUAACCACCAUGCCAGAAAGCCACAUAAGAUAUAUAAAAACAUCUGUAUUCCAUUAGGAUCAGGAGCUACAAGGAAUUAUAAACUAUGCACAAUAAAAAAAAAAAAAAAAAAGAGGAGAUAACAUAAAAAUGCACUUUACUCUGAAAGUUUAUUGCCAAUUUUGUGAAUGUGCUUCACAUGUCUCAAUUACCAUUCUCAAAUUACAAUUUAAAAAUUGUGGUAAAUCAGAUUUUAAUAAUGUCUUUAUUAAUAGAUCAAUUUUGUAGACACAUAACUGAUAAUAUAUAACUUUAUUUUGAUUAAUCUUAAAUAAUAGAUUUUAUUUAAUUACUAUAAUAAAGCUUCUUUUAAAGUGCUAUAGCAAUUCGAUUAUCAUAAGGGAUUUAAGGGAAAACUAAAAAAAAAAAAAAAAUUGAAGCUUUAAAUUUAUUUAUUUAUUAUAUUUGACUUCAUUAGAUAGCCAUAUCAUGAACAACAGUUUUGUCUCCAUUUCUGUUUUGAAACUAAAUAAACAUCAUCUGUAUCCUGGAAAUUAAUCUCCUACAAUCUGCUGAAUUAAUUGCUGAUGCUUUUGAAUGUCUAUUAAAUUGAAGGAAUUUGCUGUCAAUGUGAAUAGCAUAGUUCUUAUUAAAAUUUUUAAACAUUUUUCAAAUCUCUUACAAGUAAAUUAUAAUGGUGAAUAUUUGGUUUAGAAAGAAACUGAGCCACAUAUAUGACAGAAAAUAAGUAUCUGAUCUAAUUUUCAAAAAAUAGCAAGGAUCUGAGCAAUUUUGGAAAAGGAAACAUUCUUAUGCAUAAUUUUGUUUAAGUAUAUGAUUGGUAUUAAGAUUAAAUAUAUAUUUUUACAUUA